CGUGCAGCACCAGUGGCCCCUCCCCAGUCCCUCUCUCAGUACCAGGACGUUGAGGACCCAGAGUAUGAAGACUUCAGAGCGGAGGCCAGGCUCCAGAGAGGCAGACAGCUGGAGAGCUUCAACAAGGCCGCAGAGGCCUACAGGCAGGGGCGCAAAGACGUAGCCUCCUACUACGCUCAACAGGUAGGAGAGAGGCCUACAGGCAGGGACGCAAAGACCUAGCCUCCUACUACGCUCAACAGUAGAGAGAGAGGCCUACAGCAGGACGCAAGACGUAGCCUCCUCUACUACGCUCAACAGUAGGAGAGGCCUACAGGCAGGGACGCAAAGACCUAGCCUCCUACUACGCUCAACAGGUAGGAGAGAGGCCUACAGGCAGGGGCCCAAAGACCUAGCCUCCUACUACGCUCAACAGGUAGGAGAGGCCUACAGCAUGGGCGCAAAGACCUAGCCUCCUACUACGCUCACAGGUAGGAGAGGCCUACAGGCGGACGCAAAGACCUAGCCCUCCUACUACGCUCACAGGUAGGAAGAGGCCUACAGGCAGGGACGCAAAGACCUAGCCUCCUACUACGCUCAACAGGUAGGAGAGGCCUACAGGCAGGGGCGCAAAGACCUAGCCUCCUACUACGCUCAACAGGUAGGAGAGGCCUACAGGCAGGGACCUAGCCUCCUACUACGCUCAACAGGUAGGAGAGAGGCCUACAGGCAGGGGCGCAGAGACCUAGCCUCCUACUACUACGCUCAACGGUAGAGAGAGCCUACAGGCAGGGAACGCAAGACCUAGCCUCCCUACUACGCUCAACAGGUAGGAGAGAGGCCUACAGGCAGGGACGCAAAGACCUAGCCUCCUACUACGCUCAACAGGUAGGAGAGGCCUACAGGCAGGGACGCAAAGACCUAGCCUCCUACUACGCUCAACAGGUAGGAGAGGCCUACAGGCAGGGGCGCAAAGACCUAGCCUCCUACUACGCUCAACAGGUAGGAGAGGCCUACAGGCAGGGACGCAAAGACCUAGCCUCCUACUACGCUCAACAGGUAGGAGAGAGGCCUACAGGCAGGGACGCAAAGACCUAGCCUCCUACUACGCUCAACAGGUAGGAGAGGCCUACAGGCAGGGACGCAAAGGACCUAGCCUCCUACUACGCUCAACAGGUAGGAGAGAGGCCUACAGGCAGGGACGCAAAGACCUAGCCUCCUACUACGCUCAACAGGUAGGAGAGGCCUACAGGCAGGGGCGCAAAGACCUAGCCUCCUACUACGCUCAACAGGUAGGAGAGGCCUACAGGCAGGGACGCAAAGACCUAGCCUCCUACUACGCUCAACAGGUAGGAGAGGCCUACAGGCAGGGACGCAAAGACCUAGCCUCCUACUACGCUCAACAGGUAGGAGAUAGCCUACCAGGCAGGGACGCAAAGACCUAGCCUCCCUACGCUCAACAGGUUAGGAGAGAGGCCUACAAGGCAGGUACGCCAAAGGACCUAGCCUCCUACUACGCUCAACCUGUAGGAGGAGGCCUACAGGCAGGGGACGCAAAGACCUAGCCUCCUACUACGCUCAAAGGUAGGAGAGAGGCCUACAGGCAGGGACGGGCAAAGACCUAGCCUCUACUACCUCCAACAGGUAGGAGAGGCCUACAGGCAGGGACGCAAAGACCUACCUUCCUACUAACCUCACAUGUAGGAGAGGCCUACAGGCAGGGACGCAAAGACCUAGCCUCCUACUACGCUCAACAGGUAGGAGAGGCCACAGGCAGGGACGCAAAGACCUAGCCUCCUACUACGCUCACACAGGUAGGAGAGGCCUACAGUGCAGGGACUGCAAAGGGACCUAGCCUCCUACUACGCUCAACAGGUAGGAGAGGCCUACAGGCAGGUCACCUAGCCUCCUACUACGCUCAACAGGUAGGAGAGGCCUACAGCAGGACGCAAAGACCUAGCCCUCCUACUAACGCUCAACAGGUAGGAGAGGCCUACAGCAGGGACGCAAAGACGUAGCCUCCUACUACGCUCAACAGGUAUAGAGAGGCCUACAGGCAGGGACCUAGCCUCCUACUACGCUCAACAGGUAGGAGAGGCCUACAGGCAGGACGCAAAACGUAGCCUCCUACUACGCUCAACAGGUAGAGAGAGAGGCCUACAGGCAGGGACGCAAAGACGUAGCCUCCUACUACGCUCAACAGGUAGAGAGAGAGAGAGCGUGGGAAGUUAUUUGGGUGAACAGUGUCUUGUUUCCUCACAGCUGGUUGUAAUUUGAGUCAGUAGUUUUAAAGGGAUACUUUGACAUUUUGGCAUUGAAGCCCUUUGUCUACUUCCCCAGAGUCAGGUGAACUCGUGGACGCCAUUUUUAUGUCUCUCUGUGGAGUUAAGAGGUCGUUUUGCGAGCCAAUGCUAACUAGCGUCUAUGGGGUGCUAGCAUGCUAGCAGAUACCCCAUAGACUUCCAGUCAUUGCACUAACGCUAGUUAGCGAUUUGCGCUGGCGCUAGUUAGCAACUUCCUU